AUGUCUUUGGAAGGUUUUGUGGCCUCGAUCACACGAGGGUAUCCUAUCAUUUCUGGCGUGCCUCAAGACCAUUUAUACGACUUGGUCUUUCGUCCUUCUUCAGUCCAAGAACGUGGAUGGGUAUUGAUCUUCAACACGGUGCUUGCAACUGCUUCAUCUCUUGAUGCCGCAUUAUCUGAGUUCAGCUCCCAGCUCCGAUGGAAUGCGUGGCUAGCCGCCGACGAGGCUAGUAUUUACGUGCAGCCCAGCAUACUCAAUAUCCAGGCUUUGACGGUAUUUGCGGCCCACGGUCAAGAUCUUGUCACCCCAGGGGCAUGCUGGAGCUUGAUGAGUCAAGCCUGUCAGAUGGCCCAGAUGAUCAAACUACACCUACCAUCCAAGACCGCUCCCAGAGAUAGCGAAGCUUAUGGCCGAAAUCUCUGCCUCUUCUGGAGUUUGUUCAACAUUGACAAAUCUUUGUCCUUGUCUUUCGGCUGUCCUCCAAUCAUGUCUUCACGUCUCUACAGGAAUGUCGACUUACCCUCCUCUAAACACCUUGCAGCGUACAAGCCACAUCUCAGCCAGGAUGAGUCGCCGGAAAAUUCAACCAUCUCACCUCUUGUUGAGUAUUUUGGGGCGUUUUAUUUUGUUCAGGUAACCAAGCUGGCCAUGAUCGAAGGCGAAAUCUCCGACUAUUGCCUUCUCGGAAGCGACAACGCACGCCUUCAUCUCGAUCUCAAGGAUAAGCUGGACCGUUGGAUCUCUAUAGUCUCACAGGUAGGCCCUGAUGCCAGUCUGUUACUGUUUUGGUAA